AUGGGUCACAUUAUGACAGCUGAGGGAUUGAAGCCUGAUCCUACUAAAGUGGAGGCUAUCAAGAAGAUGCCUACCCCUACCUGCAACCAAGAAGUCCGUCGCCUGCUUGGUAUGAUCAACUACCUGCAAAUGUUUGCCUCAAAUUUAAUUGAAAUUACUGCUCCUAUGCGGCACAUGCUCAAAGAAGAUCAUCUGUUUCAAUGGGACAGAGACGUCCAGGGGAAGUCCUUUGCUAAGGUCCGAGACCUCUUAUCGCAAUCUCCGGUCCUAAGGUACUUCGACCCAAAGUUACAGCUCGAGUUACAAAGUGAUGCUUCCCAACACACGGUCUUGGUCUCUUGGAGCAUGUUUGAGUCACACAAGGUGAAACAACCAAGGAUACUGAGAGUAUCAACAUGGCCAGUUCCCUAUCGGUCUCCCAGGGCAUCCUGGAAUCCAUCCAACAAGCAACCGCUUCCAACAACGAUCUGCAACAACUUAGAACAAUGAUUCAAGUCCAGUGAAUUUGGCAAAUUUGCCAAGAGCUAUGGGUUCACCCAUUUGACCAGCUCACCAGGAUUUCACCAAUAUAAUGGCAAAGUAGAACACGCCGUAAAAGUUGCAAAGAAUCUCAUGCUCAAGGCUGUUCAGUCGAAAGGUGACCCUUACCUAACCCUCCUUGCCUGGAGAAACACGCCCAAUGAAGGUAGUUCUCCAGCAUAGAGACUGUUCAAUCGGCACACAAGAACCCUCCUACCAACUGCGAGCAGUCUUGUAGAAUCCCGCAUUCCGUCGAACAGUCAGACCAAACUGGAAGAACAGAAAGAGAACCAACGAAGAUACUUCGACAGGGGAGCACACAGCCUCAACGAUCUAAAAAUUAGUGACGUGGUGAAAAUACAACAGGUGUCCUCAACGAAGAAUAAAGAAUGGACAAAAGCGAAGGUAACAGCAAAGGUUGGUGUCCGCUCGUAUGAGUUUAUCACAGAAAGUGGAACACACCUUAGGCGAAACAGACCUUAUUUGAAGCGAACGAGUCCUUGGAUAUUGACGACGAGGAGCUAA